GCUAGUUUGGCUAGAUAGGCAGCAAUAUGACUUUUUUAACUCUGACAUUCUUUUUAUACGAAGUUCCAAAACUUCUUGACUUUUAGAAUAUGGCAGAAUAUUGUAAACAGAUAAUAUUUACAAGGAAUUUCUUCAAAUUAUGUCAUUUAUCUAGAAGUUUAAAAAAGUUUUCUUGUAGAAGUUACUCCAAAUCCAGUGAGCAAGAAAAAAAAUCACCAAACAAUGAACUGGCAGAAGUAACAGAGGAUGAGAACGAGAAAUUGAUUGAAAAGUUCUUAAGGGAAAAUCCAGUUCCCAACCCAGUUAGGAAUACAGAAAAAGAGUACUUUGACAGUAUGAAAGACUCCAAAAGAAGAGGUUUAUUUGAGACCUUGCCUACUCACUUAACUUCUUGGUUGUAUAAAGACUAUGUUAUUGAUGACCACACAGAACUAUUUUUACAGCAUGAGAUUAAAGUACGCCAGCUGCUACGUGAAGAUCAUAAAAUACCAUCAGAAAUGGGUGGACUCAGGGACAUCCUAAAAAUUCAGAAAUUCAAUAUUCCAAUCUUCAGCAUCAUCCGAACUUGUGACCACUCAGUUCAGAAGUCCAUUGAAUUAACACUUGGCCAGGACCAAGAUGAAAAUGUAUUUUAUAACUUUGUGAAAAUUCAAAAAUAUAGAGAAGAUAGAGUCAAAGUUCUCGGCCAUGACCUUGCAGCUGCUCAUUUCAUUGUUCAUCGUGGAGGAGCAGUAAAAUUUGUUGGCCGUGAGACUUGGCUUGUUAAAAAUAAGGAAGGACAAGUUCCAUUACCCAACACAUGUAUAGACAACAUGCACCUUGAAGCUGUGGAUCUCAGUAAUACGAAAUUUACCCAUGUCUCAGCUGAAAACUUAGCUCCUUUGUCACACCUGCGCUACAUCAGGAUGCACAACUGCCCUUACCUAGAUGACUGGUUUCUAGCUAAGCUUCAUCCCUUAAAAGACACCUUAGAGUUUUUAGACAUCAACAACUGCCCAGAGAUUACAGAUAAUGGUCUGAGUUGCUUGCACCACUUCAGCAAUCUUCAAUGUCUACGAGUAUCUAAUUUGGAAAGAGUGAAAAAUAUUGGCCUGAUAUGUCUUUUAUUGGAAGAUAAAAUACCAAACCUGCUUGUGUUAGGCUUAACAGAUGACCAAUUACGGCCAGAUCACUCGCAAUCAACUGGGGAAAGAAAACUUGUUCGUGCGUUGUUAGGUUUUACUAGUGAGAAGGAAGAUUUUAUUAAAGGCAGCAUCCGAGAAAAAUUUGAAAGUACACCCUAUCUGAAGGAGAUGUAUGGUGUAAUCAAGAAAGUAGAGUAAAGUGUAUGGCUAGAUUAUUAAGGAUUCAUCCUUAAUGUAGUAGUGUAAAAUGUAUUAUUUAUUGAAUUGUAUAUAUUUGAAUACAGAUUUAAUGCAAUCAUU